AUGUCGUGCCCCAAUCUCAAAGCAGUCAUAUUCGAUAUAGGUGGUGUAGUGCUCAAAAGUCCUUUCAUAGCUAUCGCUUCCUAUGAGUGCGAGCAUAAUAUUCCCAAGAACUACAUCAAUGUCUCAAUAAUGAAGCGUGGCGACAGCGGGGCCUGGCAGAAGUUCGAACGCGGCGAAAUGCUUUUGUACGACUUUUACAAGAGCUUCGGCGACGAAUUAUCGGACACUACCAAAAACAACAUUUGGUACAUGGAGCACUGUAAAGCAAAGGAUAUAAAAUGUCCACCACUGCCUGACAAGCUAACGAUUGAUGGACGCGAGCUGUUUGGUCGUAUGAUGAGAGAAAGUGCAGAAUACGAUGAACGGGUGGUCGAAGCAAUCCACCGGAUUCGAGCGGCAGGAAGAUGGCGUAUCAUUGCACUCACAAAUAAUUUUACAAAGUUCGAUGUUUCGCAAGACUCAGGGUCCUCCCGAUUCAACGCAAAGGCGUUAUCAGUCCCCGGAGCUAUACUAUCACCUACGGAAUUGGCAUUUUUGGGCUGGGACAAAGGGGGACCAGUACCACCACGCCUGAGAGCCUUAUUUGACGAUUUCUGUGACUCCAGCACACUAGGCAUGCGCAAACCUGAGCCGGAAUUUUACCUUCUAGCCUGCCAAAGAAAUGGCAUUGCACCCCAAGAUGCGGUAUUCUUGGAUGACAUCGGAACAAACCUCAAGGCAGCCCGGGCUCUCGGGAUGAAGACGAUACGUAAGUAUCAGCUCCUGCCUACUCAUCUUCCCCCCGCCGGUCAGCUAGCCUCGUGA